AUGAUUGCAAUAGACAAUGUGUUGUUAAGUGAUGAAGUGGUACAAGAGCAGUUUGUCUGUGAUCUUAAUUCAUGCAAAGGCGGUUGUUGUGUAGAUGGUGAUUGUGGUGCCCCUUUAACCGAUGAAGAAGCGGUAACAAUUGCUGAAAUAUACCCCAUAGUAAAGCCUUACUUAUUACCCGAGUACAUUGCCGAAAUAGAGCGGCAGGGAACGCAUGUAAUCGACGAUGAGUACGGACCUGUAACACCUACCAUCAACGGAGGUAUCUGUACUUAUGCUUAUACCGACGAGGUGGGUAUUGUAAAAUGCGCUAUUGAAAAAGCCUGGAAAGAAGGGAAAGUAGAUUUUCAGAAGCCGAUCUCCUGUCAUUUGUUCCCGAUCCGGGUCACAAGUAAUCCCGGUUAUGAGCUGGUCAACUAUGAGCCACGCAAAAAGCUGUGUAAGCCAGCCUGUAAAUUGGGCAAACAGCUAAAGCUGCCUGUUUAUAAAUUCCUGAAAGAUUCCAUCAUCCGCAGAUGGGGCAGCGACUUUUAUGAGGCACUGGAUGCAGUGGCUGUUAAGAUGAACAGUAAAUACUAA